GCUCGAUCAGCAGCACAAGAAGAAGAGCCGGAAGAAGAAGAAGAAGGGGCAGCAGGACAAGGCGCCGCAGCAGGCGGGGGAGGGCAGCGGCGGCGGCGGGCGGCGGCCGGUGCACCUGCCUGCCGCCAUGGACUGGAAGCUAGAGAAGUACUGGCUUCAGCGGUACAGCCUGUUCUCCAGGUUUGACGAGGGCAUUCAAGUGGACGACCAGGGCUGGUACUCUGUCACGCCAGAGGUCAUCGCCGCGCACCACGCACGGCGCGCAGUUGAGGCGCUGGGGCCUGACUGCGUGGCGUGCGACCCAUUUGCCGGCGCCGGCGGCAAUGUGAUCCAGUUUGCGCUGCACUGCGCGCGUGUGGUGGCCGUCGAGAUUGACGAGGGGCGCAUGGGCAUGCUGCGCAACAACGCGGGGGUGUAUGGCGUGGCGGGCAACACCACCUUCAUCCGGGGAGACUUCUUCCAGGAGGUGCAGGGCAUCAAGGCGGACGUCGUCUUCUACUCCCCGCCCUGGGGCGGCCCCGAGUAUGCCCAGCAGCCUGUGUACGAUGUGGCGCUGAUGGGCGGCCAGGGCUUUGGCCUGAAAAAGCUGCUGGACCUUGCGUUUGGGCCCAUGGGUGCCAGUGCCGCCAUUGCCUUCCUGCCCCGCAACUGCGACCUCAAGCAGCUGGCUGCCACGCUGCCAGAGGGGCACUCCUACUGCGAGGUGGAGCGCGAGAUGGUGAACAAUGUGUGCAAGGGGCUGACCAUCUACUAUGGCGAACUGGCCCGCAGCCCCACACAGCUGCGCCAGCAGGAGCAGCAGCAGAGCCAUGGGCAGGAGGAGGUGGAGGUGGCAGCGAUGGUGGUGGCGGAGAAUGGUGUGGUGGCGGCGGGAGCUGCCAGGCCUGAAGCAGAGCAAGGGGCGGAGCAACAGGAGCAUGAGGUGCAGCAGGGGCAUGGCGCAGAGCUGGCUGGGCAGCAGGCGGCGGGGGCUGAGGCGGCCAGUCGGCCCACUGCCGAGCUGCAGGAGGAGCAGCAACAGCUGCAGGAGGCGGUGGCACAGGUGGUGCAACAGCAGGGCCAGCAACCCGCUGCAAUAGAGCCUGCCCCACCGCAGGCGGAGCAGCAGCCAUUGCAAGCGGCCGCAGCCAAGCCACUGCAUCCUGCCGCGGCAGAGCAGCAGCCAGCAGCAGCAGCAGAGCACGAAACGGAACCAGCCACAGAAGCUGCUGCGGAACAGAAGAAGCGGCCAGGAGGAUGUCGACAGCAAUAA